AUGCUCCGGCUGGAGCCCUCCUCUGGGCUGGGGGGCCGCGGGCCUGGCCUCCUGCCCGUGCUCCUGGCUCUCCUCUGCGUGGCCUGGGCAGAGGUGCGGCCGCUCCAGCUGCGGGGGGAGCAGGCUCCAAUGCCCGGAGCCCUGAGCAGGAAGGAGGGUUUCCUGCUCCUCUCCCUGCACAACCGCCUGCGCAGCCGGGUGCACCCCCCUGCGGCCAACAUGCAGAGACUGGACUGGAGUGAGAGCCUAGCCCGACUGGCUCAGGCCAGGGCAGCCCGCUGUGGCGCCCUGGCCCCAAGCCUGGUGCCCACUCCGGGGGCCACUUCCCAGGUGGGCUGGAAUGUGCAGCUGCUGCCAGUGGGCGCGGCAUCCUUCGUCCACGUGGUGGGCCUGUGGUUUGCAGAAGGCCAGCGGUACAGCCAUGAGGCGGCGGCGUGUGCCCUCAAUGCCACCUGCACCCACUACACUCAGCUCGUGUGGGCCACCUCGAGCCAGCUGGGCUGUGGGCAACAUCCCUGCUCUGGGGAGCAGGCCGAGAUGGAAGCCUUUGUCUGUGCCUACUCUCCUGGAGGCAAUUGGGAGGUCAACGGGCAGACAAUCGUCCCCUACAAGAAGGGCGCCUGGUGCUCGCUCUGCACGGCCAGCGUCUCGGGCUGCUUCAAAGCCUGGGACCAUGCAGGGGGGCUCUGUGAGGUCCCCAGGAACCCAUGUCGCAUGAGCUGCCGGAACGGCGGACAUCUCAACGUCAGCACCUGCCACUGCCACUGUCCCCCCGGCUACACGGGCAGGUUCUGCCAAGUGCGGUGCAGCAUGCAGUGCGUGCAUGGCCGGUUCCGGGAAGAGGAGUGCUCCUGCGUCUGUGACGUCGGCUACGGGGGAGCCCAGUGUGCCACCAAGGUGCACUUUCCCUUCCACGCCUGUGACCUGAGGAUCGAUGGCGACUGCUUCAUGGUGUCUCCGGAGGCAGACACCUAUUACGGAGCCAAGAUGAAAUGCCAGGGAAAGGGCGGGGUCCUCGCCCAGAUCGAGAGCCAGAAAGUGCAGGACAUCCUCGCCUUCUACCUGGGCCGCCUGGAGACCACCAACGAGGUGACUGACAGCGACUUCGAGACCAGGAACUUCUGGAUCGGGCUCACCUACAAGACCGCUAAAGAUGCCUUCCGCUGGAACACCGGGGAGCACCAGUCCUUCACCAGCUUUGCCUUUGGGCAGCCUGACAACCAGGGGUUUGGCAACUGCGUGGAGCUGCAGGCCUCGGCCGCCUUCAACUGGAACGACCAACGCUGUAAAACCCGAAACCGCUAUGUCUGCCAGUUUGCUCAGGAGCACAUUUCCCGGUGGGACCCAGGGCCCUGA